UUUCUUAUAUAAAAUCAUGGCUGUCCAACCAAAUCAACAAUUUAAUAUGGAUCCAUCAAGUCAACAAAGUUUUGUAAGGUUUUUUAAGAGUCUACCAGAAAAACUGAAUACCACAGUACGUUUUUUUAAUAGAUCAGAUUAUUAUACAUUACAUGGUAAUGAUGCUUUAUUUGCUGCACAAGAAAUUUUUAAAACUACAUCUGUUUGUAAAAUGAUAGGUGCAGAUCCAUAUAAAACUGAGGGAGUUAUUCUUAACAAAAAUCAUUUUGAAUCUUUUAUACGUGAUCUAUUAUUAGUAAAACAAUACAGAGUAGAAGUUUAUAUUAAUCAAGGAACUGCAAAAAACCAAAAUUGGAUAUUAGAAUAUAAAGGAUCUCCUGGUAAUUUAACACAGUUUGAGGAUAUACUGUUUGGCAGUAAUGAUAUUGCUGUUAGUGUUCGUGUUAUAGCAGUAAAAUUAGGAAUGGAAGGAAAAUUUAGAAUUGUAGGUUUAAGUUGUGUAGAUACUACAGCAACUUUAUUUUCUGUUUGUGAAUUUCAAGACAAUGAAUCAUUUUCUAAUUUGGAAUCAUUGAUUGUUACACUUGCUCCUAAAGAAUGUUUAUUAAUUCAAGGUGAAGGCAGCUAUGAAUUUCAAACUUUAAAACAACUAAUAGAACGAAAUAAUGUAAUGGUUACUACAAGAAAAAAAAAUGAAUUCUCUAGUGAAUCAGUUAUACAAGAUUUAAAUACUUUAAUAAGAUUCAAGAAAGGUCAACAACAAAAUGUACAAUCUUUACCUGAAGUCAAUUUAACUUUUGCUAUGUCAGCUACUUCUGCUCUUAUCAAAUAUUUAGAUUUAACAUCAGACGAAGGAAACUUGAAUCAGUUUAGUAUAGAUCAAAUAAAGCAAUCACGUUUUUUGAAAUUAGAUUCAGCUGCUAUAAAAGCACUUAAUAUUGAACCACGUGUUGAUACUUCUGUUUUAAAUGGAAAUGCACCUACAAGUAUUUUGAAUCUCUUAGAUAAAUGUAGAACUCCACAAGGACAUAGACUUCUUGCACAAUGGAUUAGACAACCUUUAAAAGAUUUAUCACUUAUAAAAGAAAGACAUGAUAUUGUUGAAGCAUUAGUGAAUGAUAAUGAAUUACGAUCUAAUCUUAAUGAAGAUCAUUUAAGACGCAUACCAGAUUUACAAGUACUUGCAAAAAAAUUGGCUAGAAAAAAAGCAACUUUACAGGAUUGCUAUAAGAUUUAUACAUGUAUAUCACAUUUACCUAUAUUAUUAGAACAAUUUCCUAAAAUAAAUAUAAUAGCCUUAAAAACAAUGUUUACUGAUCCUUUAAAUGAAUUUAUUAAAGAUAUGAAUAAAUUUCAACAAAUGGUUGAACAAACAAUUGAUUUAGAUUCUGCUGAAAAAGGAGAUUUUUUAGUACGAUCUGAAUUUGAUGAUGAAUUAAAAGAAUUGAAAUGUACUAUGGAUGAAAUAGAGAUAAAAUUGCAAGCACAAUUGAAUAAAGUUGCUGAUGAUCUUUCAAUCGAAGCUGGAAAAAUACUAAAACUAGAAUCAAAUCAACAAUUUGGAUAUUAUUUCCGUGUAACAUUGAAGGAAGAAAAAGUUUUAAGAAAUAAAAAACAAUAUAUUAUUUUAGAUUCUAAUAAAAGUGGUGUACGAUUUCGAAGUAAUAAAUUAAAUGAUUUAAAUGAUGAGUACAUUGCUAUUAGAGAUAAAUAUAUAAUGGAACAAAAAAAAGUUGUUGCGGAAAUAAUUGAAAUUGCAGCUGGUUAUAGUAAUACAAUAAAAGCUAUUGGAAAUGUAUUAGCAUCACUUGAUGUACUUACUGCUUUUGCUUCUGCUGCUGUAUGUGCUAAUAAACCAUAUGUACGUCCUGAAAUGCUCCCUAGUGAAAAAGGAGAAUUUAAUCUUAUUCAAGUUCGACAUCCAUGUUUAGAAGUUCAAGAAGGAGUAGAUUAUAUAGCUAAUAAUAUCAAUUUUAAAAGAGGAGAAUGUCAUUUUUGUAUUAUUACUGGUCCAAAUAUGGGAGGUAAAAGCACAUAUAUAAGAUCCGCUGGUGUUAGUGCUCUCAUGGCACAUAUUGGAAGUUUUGUUCCUUGUGAUCAAGCAAGAAUAUCAUUAUUAGACUGUAUAUUAGCUCGUGUAGGAGCUGAUGAUUGUCAAUUGAAAGGACUUUCUACAUUUAUGAUGGAAAUGAUAGAAACUGCUGCUAUAUUAAAGACAGCAACAUGCAAUUCAUUGGUGUUGAUUGAUGAAUUAGGCAGAGGAACUUCUACUUAUGAAGGUUGCGGUAUAGCAUGGUCAAUCGCCGAAUAUUUAGCAAAAGAAAUUAAAUGUUAUUGCCUUUUUGCAACACAUUUUCAUGAAAUAACUAAAUUAGAAGAAGAAAUAUCUACUGUUAAAAAUCAACAUGUUACAGCUCUUGUAGAUGAUAAUAAAUUAACUUUACUAUAUAAAAUAAAACCAGGAAUAUGUGAUCAAAGUUUUGGCAUACAUGUUGCUAAAAUGGCUAAUUUCCCACAAGAUAUUAUUGAGUUUGCUAAACGUAAACAAGCAGAACUUGAAGAUUAUCAAGAUUCACUUUUUGAGGGAUCUGAUAAUCCAACAAAAAAAAAAAGAUUAUCCAGGAAGCUGAAAUCCUUAUUGCAGAAUUUAUUGAUAAAUGCAAGAAUUUAGAUCUAUCAUUAUCUGAUGCAGAGUUAAAGGAUAAGAUUUUAACAUUUAAAGAAGAAAUUUUAUCUCAUAAAAAUCCCUAUAUACAAACACUUCUUACAGUUUCAUAAUUUAAAAUAAAUAAUUAAAAAUAUUCAAUAAAAGUAAUAAUCAGUAUUAUUUGCAAGAAUAUUACAAUAUAAUUUAAAAUAUAUUUGUUUCUAUACUUAUUAUUUUUUAGAGCUGAAAUAUUUUUUGUAAUAUUAAACAUUUCUUUAUAGUUUUAUUUAUUCUAAAAAAUUUAGAAACAUUCAUAUAGAUUACUUAAUUUUAUAUCUUGUUUUUAAAAAUAAAAUUUAAAAAUUUCUGUUUA